AUGAGCAGCUUUGCAAUAAAUGGAAUGUUCUACUACUUCCCGCCAGUGACGCCAGGUGGAAGAUUCCUCCAUUUCGAGACAGCAAAGUUUUUGCAUGAGGUCGCUCACGAUCCUCAUGCCGGCACAAACUACCAAGAUUUGUGGACACAAGUUGGGCGUUACACGUAUAGUAACUUUGCCAUGCAGGCCUUCGGUUUCAGUAUCGACUCAGCUGCCGACGAGAGGAUCCAAUACAUCCAUGAGUCGGGUGCUCUCCAAAUAUUCGGCACGCUCCCCGGAUCACACAUUGUUGAUAUUCUUCCGAUACUUGAUCGCCUGCCUCUAUGGCUGAAGCCAUGGGAACGAACCGCUCGAGCUCAUUUCCUCGAGGACCUCCAGUGGUGCAGGAAACACAUGGUCCAGGUGCAAAAAGAGGACAACCCGCACAAUAACUUUUCGAUGCUUAAACGAAUUCUAGCGGACGAGAAGCGUCUGGGCUUCUACAGCAACGAAGAGGCCGCGUUCCUCAGUCUCCAGCUGAUUAUAUACCAGUCGUAUGUCUACAUGGAAGUCAUGGAUGCGACGGUGGGCGACAGAGUCCCGGAGUGGGAGGACCUAGACUCCAUGCCUUAUGUCAGGUGCCUGAUGAAGGAAGUGUGGCGCUGGAGACCUCCAGUCGCCCUUGGGCACCCCCACACGACGACCCGGGAGCUUGUGUACAAGGGCAUGCGAAUACCCGCGGGCUCGAGGCUUCACCUCAACGCCUGGGCAAUCCACCACUCGCCAAGUCGCCACUCUGACCCGGACGUCUUUGAUCCGAACCGGUAUGAGGGCGAUGCCCUUACCAGCCAGCAGAGUGCCAACCUACCCGACCCGACCAAGCGCGACCACUUUUCCUUCGGGGCUGGAAGGAGGAUUUGCCCUGGCUUGCACGUCGCAGAGAGGUCGCUCGGUGUUGCUAUCAUGCGGGUCCUGUGGGCGUUCGAUGUCGGGAGUGCUCCUCGGGCGAAGCUGCCUCUGAACCCGAGUGACUACCGCGGCUUCAUGCCGGCUAAUCCAGGAGUGGACCUGCCCGUCACGCUCACGGUGAGGAGUGAGAAGAAGAGACAGAUCAUAGACGCGUACUGGGCGGCUCAGCAGGCGAAGGGAUACUAG